AGUGCUUCCCUGUGCAGAGAGCGUGCGCACGAGAGAGAGAGACAGAGCAACAGGGAAAGGGCCUCCGCGCUGUUUCGUGCUAUCAGUCAUCAGCACCUGGGCCUCUGCAGAUCCCCGCCUGGGUGGACUUUGUGCUGCCAAGCUGUGCUUCAGGGCGCUUUCCACUUUAAAGGGACCUGGGCGUCCGAGGAGAUUUUCUUUCAGAAGCUAAUGAACAGAUCAUUCUUUUAAAGGCAACUUUUUUUUUAAAAAGCAUUCAAUGUCUACCUGUAAAUUACCGGUCUGAACCAAAGCAAGCCCUUGCGUUCCGACGGAACGAGAAUCCCCCCCUGGCAGGGAGCAGCUCCUCGCCCUCGGAAGAGCCCCUCGCAGAGGCACGCAGCCCGGAGGAGGGACCACCAGCCUCCUGCACCUGCCCCAGCUCAGGCUCCGGCUCCUGCUCCGGCUCCGGGUCUUACUCCUGCUCCAGCUCCAGGUCCCACUCCGGCUCCGACUCCGGCUCCGGGUCUUACUCCUGCUCCAGCUCCAGGUCCCACUCCGGCUCCGGCUCCUGCACCUGCCCCAGCUCCAGUUCCCGCUUCCGGCCCCUGCACCUGCUCCGGCUCCUCGGCUGGGCGAGGAGAGAGAGUCCGUUCCCCAUGGGGCGCGAGCCUCGGACCAGUGCCCUGUGGGCGGCGUCCGCGCUGCUGCUGGCGGCGCUGUGCCUGACGGAGGAGGCCAUCCGCUGCCCGCCCUGCUCCGAGGAGAAGCUGGCGCGCUGCAGCCAGCCGGCCAACUGCGAGGAGACGGUGCGCGAGCCGGGCUGCGGCUGCUGCCCCACCUGCGCGCUGCCCAAGGGCGCCCCCUGCGGGGUGUACUCGCCCCGCUGCGGCUCCGGCCUGCGCUGCUACCCUCCCCGCGGCGUGGACAAGCCCCUGCACUCCCUGAUGCACGGCCACGGCGUCUGCACAGACGAGCGGGAGGUGGAGCAGCUCAUGGCAGCGGAAAAGGAAGAGCAGCUGAACUUGGAUCAUCCCAACAACAGCCACAUCCCCUGCAGCCCCCAGGACAAGAAGUGCAUCCAGAAGCAGAUCGCCAGGCAGCAGCGGGAGAAGGGCAGCAACCAGAAGACCAAAAACAACCGCGAGGACCCCAAGCCUGCCCUGGCGCCGUGCCGUGCUGACCUGCAGAGGGCGCUGGAGAGGCUGGCGUCUCACACCCGGACCCACGAGGACCUGUACACCAUCCCCAUCCCCAACUGUGACAAGAACGGAGACUUCAACCCCAAACAGUGCCACCCCGCGCGCGAUGGCCAGAGGGGGAAGUGCUGGUGUGUGGACCAGAAGACCGGCAUCCGCCUGACCAACCCGCAGGACAUGCGAGUGGACCAGAGCUGCCAGCAGCUGGCCGCCGACCCGCAGAGGAAGUGAGCCGGGCCCGGCCUGGGGCCUGAGGCCCGCGGGCCAGACUCCCCUGGCGCUGAUCUGUACAGUAAAGGAAGGACUAGACCACACAACCUCACCGGACCAGCGCGGAGGAGCCGGUGUGGGGGGGAGGGGGGGGAGAUCCGUUACUUUCACUUCGCGUUUCCGCGCGAGUAGGGCGUUUUCCGUGGAGACAAAGCCAGCCGUUCCCUCUUCCAGUACGAUUCGUUAGUUUGCGGAAAGAAACCCAAGAGAGACCGACAAUCAAAGCAGUUAACAUGAUGCUCUCGCAGGGGGCGUGAAAGCAAGGCCAUGCAGUCUCACGCCACAGUAAGACCGUGAAACUGGGGCUUCGACGGCACCCCCAAAUACCCGACCAGGGGCCGUGGGUGUUUUCUGAACUAUCCGGGGAUUAGGUGAGCUCUCUGGUUUCACAUUCUUACUGUAACAUGAAAGUAAGCGCCAGUCCAGACCAUUAGGAGAGGAGCUUGGAGAUGAAGUGAAGUUUUUUCACUUCGUUGCUAAAACUACAGGGGCGACAGGCGAGGAGCCCCCCUCAGCGACCUGGAGACUUGAGUUUAUUUGCACAUCCUGUCCAAUGUUUAAGCUAUUUUUUUUUAUUAUUAUUCUGUUUUUUCUUUAAAAAAAAAAGGUUUGUUCGGUUUUUUUUUUAAAUCUAGCCUCACAGAUAGCAAAAUGCACAGCCUGCCGGCUCUUCAGCCGCAGCCUGUAGUGCCAAUAACAUCAGGGGAACCAGGAGCGAAACUGGCAGGAAUUAUGAGCUCCAGCUUUCCAGCCCCGCUGGAAGAGAAAAGGGAUCGCUUUGAAGAACUGCAGUCUAACUUCACAGGGCAGGUACUCAUUCUCUCUCACUCUCCGCUCUCGUUUCCUGCCCCGCGUUUCUGCAUCGCCGCCUGCGCCAGGGUCCGAGCGCCGCGCGCCUGGAGACGCGGGGGCAGUUUGCGCUCUUGCCGGCGGCCUGUGGGAAGGAAGGGUAUCUGCGUGAGCGGUAUCGGCGCUCUCUCGGUGCACAAAGAGCAGGGUGGGGGAUCGUUUAGGGCUUUAAAAAACGAAACAAGACAUCGGCCACGGCUCUUCAUAGCCGUCGGCGGUCUCCAAAAAAAAAAAACUUUCCGCUUAUCCCGACCCUGGCAGCUGACUCUCUGAGACAGAAAGCUUCGUAUAAACAAGAGGAUUGAAUGGACGUGCUCUGGAUUUGACUUCCAGGGGAGAGCUUGUGAAGAUGAAUUAAAAAAAAAAUCUAGUUUUUCCUUUUCUAAAACGCACGCGCACUGGCGCGUCCGCGCGUCUCCUAAUUCGCGCGAGCCCGUCCCCGGAUCCGGCUCCGCUCUCGAGACCCGACACACACAGCACGGGCCGGCGCUCGGGGCCCUUCCGCAGCGCGCGCGCGGCCCGCGAAGAGAAGCUGGACUCCCCGCUCGGGGAGCGCGCGCGCGCGCGGCUCGCCCCUGUCCGGAAACUGCUCGCGCCGGUUCCAGCACCAGGGGCGUGUGCUGGAAAAUCCCGAUAGCCGCGCGCAGUCCCGCCGGGCCGCCGUGUUUCCUGGACACACAUUCAGAAACGGCUCACUUUCCCACAGGGAGUAACAAAAGAACAAGGCCGGGACUUUGCAAAACCAACCACUACUAAGAGAAGGAAAGCUCGAUGUAAAACCACUUUCCCACUCGUGUCCGCACUUUCCCUCCGAGAGCCUUCGCUCGGGACGCAGCGAGGAGAGUAUUUCCUGUUUAGUCUCGGUUCUGUUAUCUGAAUAAAAAACUGGGGGAAAGUAGGUCGAGGUGGUUCGAGUCAAGGAAGGGAUCGCAUGACGAAUCCCAGACGAGCCGCUGUGAUAGUGAUGCCAGACGAGUGCGUCUUGUUUCACUCCAUUUACACGCGUAGCUUCAGUCUGUAACGACCGCGGGUUUGGGACUCAGGAAAUGGGGUGGAACAACACAGUUAUUAACUCGAACCGGGCAAAGGUACACACCCAGGGACAGGGGUGACAGCGCUGCACCCUCACUGACACACACGGAGGGGAAGGACUGUCCCCCACCCUCCGCCCCACUACAUACAGUCCCGCAGUCCCGCCCCCGGGCGCUGUUCUCAGCGCGCCCCGCGUGGCGCUACAUACCUAAACGGCGUGAGGGGGCCCAGCGCACGUGCUCAGCGCGAGCCCCUGCUGAGGGAACGAGCCGGUUUAACCCGGGUCUGCCCGGGCGCGCGAGCGGAAUCAGCAUGAAAUCUGGGGAUGGCUUCCUCUCGGCCCAGCCGGUGGAUCUUCAGCGGGCUGUCGAGUGUCCGUGCUGAGACAGCGUUGCAGCAUCUGACUCUCCAGGACAUUAUAGCAGCACGCUAAUCAAAGCCUUUUAAAAUUAUUCAAACGGCGUGAUGACACUUACAUCAGCAUCACAGCGUUACACAGCGUCCAGCUAACCUAACGACACGCCAGUCAUUAACCCUUCGCCUCUCAAACCCAAGUUCUGUCUCCCUGAAGAGCCGCGUCGGACCCCGGACAGCACCGGGGUCACAGCUCGUCCCCCCCGGGCGCGGGGCGCGCCCUCCCCUCUUCGACACCGCGCUCUUCCGCCUGUCUGCACCAGCAAGACCCGAUGCCACAUGAACCCACGGAGGAGCUCCAAUAUCCCCUGGAAGCCCACCCCAUGGUGCUGCCUGUUCCACGAGCAGAACUCACUCCGGACGCUUCUCCGUGUAAAAUAACCGCUUGCCAACAGCCCGCGUUCCGCCGCGCCGCGGGCAGGGCUGUGUUCCUGACGCUGUCACAUCGAGCGCGUUCCCCGCUGGGGCGAAACACAGUGGCUCAUGAGAUGGGAAACGAAAACCUUGUGGAAGGCACAGAGUUGUACAACAUGGCGCCUAGGGUCACUGGCAGUUAAAAGCAGAAGUGCCCCCUGAGUUAGAGGGGUACAAGUGCAGCCCCAGAGUCAGGGUCCCGGGGGGUCAGGGGGUCACACUAUUGCCCUAAUCCACACCGGCAGGGGAGCAGGCUCAGCGCAGUACCGAGACGCUGGAAUUCAAGACACUACUGUGUUGCAGGAACCGAGUAAUGACGUACAGACACAAAAACCUUUACUGUUUAUGAAAGACAUCUUGAAAAUGUACCUAGAUUGCAUCGGAAAAGCCAGUUAAAUCACAUUUAGAAAGCUACUGUAGCUAGACCUCUCCUAUCUAGAAAGCGAUCUAGAUUCCACCUGGAAAGCUAUCUGGAUUACGUCUGGAAAGCUAUCUAGAUCGCAUUGAAUCUGCAAAUGUUAUUCACGUACUAUGCUAAAAAGCAAGAUCAGAAUACAACCUAGCAAGAGAUAUAUUGCGGAAGAGACAGCCGUCUUUCAGACAGAAGCCAGAUUUCAAACACUAUCACAACAGUAACGCUGUUGUCAAUGUUUUUGUAGAAGAAGUUAGAGCUUUACCAUUUUGUAUAAACAAACUUGAAUCUUUGUCUCAGUGUAAAUCUUAAUUCCGUAUUUAAUUUCUAUUUUUUUUUAUUUAAAGGUAUUGCUGUUUAAUGUAGGGUAAAUCAGUAUUUGAUUAAAAAAAAUAAUUUGCUGAAAGACUAUAUUGGGAAAUUAUGAAAUAUUGUGCCUAUGUAAUUGGACAAAACUGUAAUUGUUAGCUUUUCCGUGCCAUGAGGAAUGAGUGGUGUUAGGCAUGUUUUUACAUGAUGAUUUGCUUUAGUGGGUGUGGCUGUCAGUGUUACUGGCGAGGGCGCUGGGGCUGGCUGGUGAGAGCUCCUGCAGUGCUCUUCUACGGGGUCAGAGAGGAACGUUUCACACUUCAUCACAGAUUAAAAUGCUGUCAUUUUGGUUUGGCUCAGCACAAAUAACCGAUUGCACGGCGUGUAUUUAUAUCCGUCUGUUAGCAGAUUUAGAAAAAUAAGCCCUCGAGUCAUUUUGCAAAGCCAAAGAGUGGCCCACAAAUUCUCUCCUGGCGUGGAACGAAGCAAUUUGAUUUUGUGUUCCUUCCAUUGUUUAAUCACAGACUCCCGUGCUGGGGGGGGAGAGGGAGCCCCACGCUGCACGUGGUUCAGAAUCUGAGGCACGAGCGAUCCGAGUGUGUUACUCUCGGUUACUCCCUCCUCAGAGGCGCGCAGGGAGCCUUCGGCAGGUGCCAGAGCUAAGCUGAGAGAGCGAGACAGCCAGACCAAAACACGGCUCUGACACUGAGUCUCACUUCUUAGUAAAGUGCUUCAAUAUCGGAUCUGUGCCAAAACGAGAAAAAGCUCGACUCGGUGACAUACAUGUACAGUACGUUUAUAUAAAAAAGUGUUUUGCUUUCUGACAUGUUGAUGCACAUUUGUUCAGUGGGGCUUUACUAACUGAGCUGAUCUCUGUCUGCUGUGUGGGUGUAGCCAGCGUGCUUUGUGCCCAAAACCUGAUACCAAACAGACUGGACUGUAUGUAAACCCAUCAACGUGUGAACCUCCACAAGAGAUUAAAGACCUCCCAGCCACCUGCUUACAAACUGUCAAACACCAAGCAGAAGACACAGGCCAAAGCCAGACUGCCGCUCACAAAAUUGACUUCUGCACCCCGGCGUGUUUGUGUUUCACUCCUUACUGCUGUCCAGAACAUUCAGUUGUGGCAACACACGUACAAGAGGCCCUGAAUAAUUCCACCGUGGCAGCGCUAAGCUCUAAAAGGAAAUGCAUACGUGCUGCCACAAUUUUCAUGACCAGGGGAUUGUGGGAUAGGAUGCCCUUCAUUAGAGGAUUAAUGAGGUGCUGUAUUCCGGAAAGGGCGAGAGGUCCUGUCUUUUUCCCAAGAAACAGCUUGUAGACCCAGUGCCGCUGUUUGUUUGACAAUUCCUUUUAGUAUCAGCGUAAUCUUUUUUUUAAAUAACAGGCUGAAAGAGAAUCUUUUGUUUACUUCCUGCAAGGCCAAAUAAACGGGGAACCGUACUGUAAAGAUGUCGGCAGGAAGGUAACUGUGCCAGAGGCGGGCUGGAUGAGACAGUCUCAGGAGAGUGGUGCUUGGGUCGAGUCCUCUCUCGGCUCGGCUCGCGGACGGCGUGAUCGUGGUCCCCCUGGUGCGCGGGGAGGCUGUGGGGGACCGAGGGCCGCCUGGGGUGGGGGAGUCCCAACUGCACCGGGAGUGCCAGGACACCGGGCCCACUGUAGCCCCGUCCCCUCUGCUCCGCUGUCAGGGCAGACAGCUGCUUCUCUCGUUUUCUGUUUCACUUGAGGCUGAAGCAGAGGCCCCAGACCGGCCUGUCUGACCCUCUCCGCUCCGCAUGAGGACUCUCUCCCUGGACGGCAGACCCAGCCGUGGUUCGGCACCAGCGCCCGGGUCCGGAGGCGCUCCUGGGGCUGUGUGUGUGUGAAGGCAGGACGAGCCCUGGUGGGGUGGGGUCUGGCUCUUCCCCACCUGGAUGACAUUGUGUAUGUGCUAUAAACCACCAAUUGUUUUCACUUCUUAAGGAUGUAUUCAAGACAAUUGCAUAAAUGUAUUACAUUUUAUUAAAGGUAUAAUAGUACACCA